CGGGUUGCCUAGCGCUGCUGGGCCUGUGGAGAAGGGACACAGCUCCAGGGAACUCUGACUGCCCUGCUGCCGCCUGAGAGGCACUCUGCCGAGCAGCAGGCGGGCGAUGGCGGCCGAGGCCGGGCUGCUGGAGCUGCCCUUCAGCCGCGACGAGCAGCUGACGCGGCGCAUGCGGCUGCGCUGCCAGAGCCUGCAGCAGAGGGACGGGCGGCCCCAGGACGGGGAGAGGCUGCUGCGCCCCAACGAGCACAUCUACAGGGUGGAGUUCAGCCAGCAGCACCGGCUGCGCUUCCUGCGCUGGCGCCUGCGGCUGGCCGCGCCCGGCAGGGUGACGGUGACCGGCACCUGCCAGCACUGGACCCCCGACCUCACCCACCUGAUGCGCAGGCAGCUGCUGGAGCCCGCGGGCAUCUUCUGGAGGAGAGUGGGGGCCGAGGAGGUGGAGAGCAAUGAGGCAGACGCCCAGGAGUUUGGGGAGAGGAUAGCGGAAUUAGCCCGGAUCCGCAAGGUGAUGUAUUUUCUCCUCACUUUCACCGGCGGCCUCGAACCAGCUCAGCUGAAAGGCUCCAUUGUUUUUAGAGUCUGAUCCCCUCCUGCUCAGCUCUUCUCGCCCCAGCUGUGCUUCUUUCAGUUCAGUUCUUUGUUCCAUUUUUACAUCUGGGUUUUUUUUUUCUUUUUUCUUUUUAAUGAGAGACAGCACCGUGGUAAAGCAGAGAACAGCUCAGUGCUUCUGGAGCCCCUCAGCCCUGUGAAGUAUUCCCCAAAUGUGCUGCCCUCUCUCUAAAUGCUGGGGAGAAGGCAGCCAUGAGCUUGCUGCUGCAUUUGCCUGGAGUAUAAGACUGCAUGCUCGUGAAUUCAUCAGGGUCUUACUGGCUUGGAAAUACAAGGCUGCCCUAAGUCCUCUCACUGUAGGAACUGCACACCAAAACCCGCUGGAAAAAUAAGUGAUUGCCAUACCAGAAGACAGCAGGGACCCCUGGAGAGAGCCCUGCUAUCUAAUUCCCAUCCUAGGCAUUAAAAAGGGAGAGCUUGUUUGUGGUGGAGCUCCUCUCCGUGCAAGGUGCUGAGUGCUUGCAGGCUCUGGUGACUUGUGCUGCUGCUGUGGCUGCCUGGAGUCUCUGAAGACCAGUCCCAUGGAGAAUCCACCUGGCUGUGAAGCUGAAGUACAUACACUUGGACUGGCUGUUCUCUGCAGACUGUAAACCCACUGGACUAAUGGGGAAGUUGGACCAGCCUUUUCUGACCACUGCCACCAUUUCUUGCUGGGGGAGGGUGGAAUCUGUUGGUCCAAGAUGGGCUGGAGCAGGUUUGUGUGUGUGUGUGGGCAGAGGCAGCAGCUCAGAGCAACCUAGGCUAGCAAUGAGUCCUCUGCAGCUCAGCUAAUUUGUGCUUUGUUCUGUCCUUAGGGCACACAUGAAAAUAUUUACUCUGAAGUGUCUAUGGAGAGCCAUGAGGCUGCAGAGCACUUUGUAAGGCACAGAGCAGGAACCUGCUGCUUCUGUCCCUGAAAAGCAGUGUCUCCUGCCCUCUAAAGCACAGGGAAGGGUGUCUGGGUGAUCAUGGGAGUGGAGGGGAGUGAUACAUUCAUAAGUAUUGGAACAGGAGAGUGUUUUAUGCCCAGUUUGCUCCAUGAGUGCAAGAAAACUACUAAGUUUGGAUGUUUCCUUUUCCUCCAUCAAAAAGUGGAGAGUACUUCAAUGAAGCUUCUUGAGACACACAGACAGAAAAGUCCCUUGAAAGAGCUGAGUACUAUUACAGUUGGUCCUUUGCUCAGAUUGCACUCAAAUGUGUGUGAGUACUCCUCAAGGGGUGGCCUGGCAUCAUCCCAAGGUGAGUAAGGAGAGAGCAGAGAUGGGAAAGCCAGGCCAAGGUGACUUUGUGCCUGUGGACUUAUGCAGGCCAGCCCCAAAAAGAGCCCAACCUCUUCUCCAAAAUCUCCAGAACCCUAUGCCUUCCCCAGCCCAACAACAGUGUACAAAUGAUAUGCACAAGUUAUGCCAGGCAGAGAGGAGAAAGAAAGCAGAAGAUCAGCUACUGGCUGGAGAGAUGGUGAGAGCUCUGAGUCUUGCCCAAAACCAAAGCCCAGAAAACACUAAAUCCUACAGCCAUGCCAUGGCCAUUGCCAGAGAAUUGUUGUCUUUGUUUAGACUCCAAAAAAUGCUGGACUCUGUGAGCAGAGAGAAAAGUGGAUGCAUCCCUGCCUGGCCAAACACACCUCUAGGGUCCUAGCAGACUUUCCCAUAGAACACCCCUCCUUAUGCAUCCCAGAGCAGAGUUCCUGACUACAGACCGCUUUAGACCAAGUAACAGGAGCCACUGGCAACAUCCAAAAGGGCUUUUGCAUUCUGAGUCUCACAAUAUGCCACUGCUACGUUGCUAGGGUAGAGUUCUUGCUGCAGAUAUCUCACUGGGUGUUGGUGUACUACAGCAAAUAAAAGCCUAGACAAUGGAUUCCCCUUAAGGACUGGGGCUGUUUGUGUCUUCUUCAUGCUGCCUUUGGAAGCUGCCCUAAUCCUGCAUGCAAUAAAGCACCAGAUUU